AUGUCAGGGAACCGCCGCGCCUCGCAACAUUCCUCGCGGCCCUCCUUGCAUCAACACCGCCGACACAGUAUCGACUUUAGCCGCUGGCACUUUGACAUCGAUGCGAAGCUGAACCGAUUUCUCCCCCGUCCACCAUGGCACCAUUUGCCUCGCCCUGUUUCUCAUUUCUUCGGGUAUAGAGGCGAUGAGCAACCAAAGACAGUUGGGAAUCUCGUCAUCGCGUACUGGUCUCUCAUUGGAGCCUUUUGCGGCGUGCUCCUAAUCUCCGAGGUUUCACUGCACAUACCUGAGUUCCGAAACCACCAUGCGCCUAUCAUUGUUGGCAGUUUUGGCGCCGCCGCAGUCCUCGAGUUCUGCGCCAUCGAGUCACCAUUCGCUCAACCGCGCAACGCAUUCUUCAGCCAGCUCAUCGCAAGCACCAUCGGCGUGUGUAUAGCAAAGCUCUUCGCACUGAACCCCAGCGCUCAAGCCAAACCCGAGAUUGCUGGAGCCCUCUCAUGUGCCAUAACAACAAUGCUCAUGGUCCUCACAAACACAGUCCACCCACCCGCCGGCGCAACAGCUCUGCUCGCCGCGACUGAACUCCACGAGGUGGGCUGGUGGCUGAUCCCCAUCAUGCUCCUCGGGUGUUCUCUGAUGUUGACGACGGCGCUCCUGCUGAACAACAUCCAGCGUCGGUUCCCAAUCUACUGGUGGACGCCGGUUCCGCUGGGAAAGAAUGCGAAGCCGCACCCGCAUGAUAUUGAAAGUGUGCAUGAGAAGAAGCAGGAGAGUGACUCGGGAUCGUCUGUCUCUGGCUACUCCGAACCGAUGCAGCUCGUCAUUCGAGAUGGCAGGGUCAUGGUCCCGGAUAACCUUUGGGUAGAUGCGGAUGAGAGGGAGGUUCUAGAGAGGAUAUGUGAGCGGAUGCAGGAGUAG